CAAAGGAAGGUGGAAGUUGGAUUCUGAAGGAUCAGGCACCCAUAGGAGUUGAACAGCAGUUGAGGUUUGGGAGACGUGAGCACCUCAACUGGGUUCUAGUUGAAGAUCUUGCCUGCCUGCUACGUUUGUCCUCUUUGUACACUCUCCAAAAUGAAUGUGCAGGCUUGUUCUAGGUGUGGCUAUGGGGUUUAUCCUGCUGAGAAGAUCAGCUGCAUAGAUCAGAUAUGGCAUAAAGCAUGCUUUCACUGUGAAGUCUGCAAGAUGAUGCUGUCUGUUAAUAACUUUGUGAGUCACCAGAAAAAGCCGUAUUGUCAUGCCCACAACCCCAAGAAUAAUACAUUCACUAGUGUCUAUCAAAUUCCUUUAAAUCCAAAUGUGAAGAAAUCUCUGGGUGCCGUGGGUGGGAUCAGUGACUCAGUAGAUGGUGAGCAGUUUAAAUCAGUUUUUCACUGGGACAUGAAAUCGACGGGUGGAGUAGGUGCACCUAACAGACAACCACUGGUGACUGAGAGAGCUUACUGGCCUGGAUAUGGGGAAGGGCACACUUGGUAUCCAGGAACUCUGCCCGACCCUGACAUUGUCAGGAUGGUUGAGGCGCGACAGUCUCUUGGUGAGGAAUACACAGAAGACCAUGAGCAACAGAGAGGUAAAGGAAGCUUCCCAGCCAUGAUCACACCUGCUUAUCAAAGGGCCAAGAAAGCCAACCAGCUGGCUAGCCAAGUGGAAUACAAGAGAGGGCAUGAUGAACGCAUCUCCAGGUUCACCCCAGUGGCAGAUACCCCUGAACUCCUACGGGCCAAGGCUGGGGGACAGCUUCAAAGUGAUGUGAGAUACACAGAAGACUACGAACAACAGAGAGGGAAAGGCAGUUUUCCUGCUAUGAUCACCCCUGCUUAUCAGAUAGCCAAAAGAGCCAACGAGCUAGCAAGUGAUGUGAGGUACCAUCAGCAAUACCAAAGAGAAGUGAGGGGAGUGGCUGGUCCAGCCAUUGGAGCUGAGGGCACAUUGACAAAGGAAGGUGUAGACCAAUAUGACCAGCAGAGUUACUCAGAAGAGAAUGGAGAGCCCAGGGGAAAGGGCAGCUUCCCAGCCAUGAUCACCCCAGCUUAUCAGAAUGCCAAGAAGGCUAAUGAGCUCGUGAGUGAUCUCAAAUACAGACAGGACUUUCAUAAGAUGAAAGGCGCUGCACACUACCAUUCUCUCCCAGCCAAAGACAACUUGGUUCUCAAACGAGCUCAGAGUGUGAAUAAGCUUGUGAGUGAGGUGGAGUAUAAGAAGGAUCGGGAAAGUAGUAAAGGUCACAGUAUCAACUACUGUGAGACCCCUCAAUUCAGGAACGUGAGAAAGAUCUCAGAAUUCACCAGUGAUAAUAAAUAUAAAGAAAACUACCAGACCCACAUGAGAGGGCACUAUGAAGGAGUUGGCAUGGACAGACGUACUCUUCAUGCUCUCAAAGUUGGCAGUCUGGCCAGCAAUAUUGCCUACAAGGCAGAUUACAAACAUGACAUUGUAGACUACAACUAUCCAGCCACUCUUACUCCUUCCUACCAAACAACAAUGAAGCUGCUUCCCUUGAAAGAUGUCAACUACAGACAGAACAUUGAUAAGUUCAAGUACAGCUCUGUAACCAAUACACCACAAAUUAUUCAAGCCAAGAUCAAUGCCCAGCAACUGAGCCAGGUGAAUUAUCGCGCUGACUAUGAAAAAAAUAAGCUGAACUACACAUUGCCGCAGGAUGUGCCUCAGCUGGUAAAGGCCAAGACCAACGCUGAACUGUUUAGCGAGGUUAAAUACAAAGAAGGCUGGGAGAAGACAAAGGGAAAAGGAUUUGAGAUGAAGCUGGAUGCGAUGUCUCUGUUGGCUGCCAAAGCCUCGGGGGAGCUUGCUAGCAAUAUUAAAUACAGAGAAGAAUAUGAAAAGACAAAAGGAAAAGUCAUGGGAACAACCGACUCAAAGCUUCUACACUCUCUGCAGGUGGCCAAGAUGAGCAGCGAGGUUGAAUAUAAGAAAGGCUUUGAAGAGAGUAAGACCCACUUUCACCUGCCCAUGGACAUGGUGAAUAUCAGGCACGCGAAGAAGGCCCAAGCUCUCGCCAGUGACCUGGACUAUAGGAAGAAACUGCAUGAAUACACUGUGCUGCCUGAAGAUAUGAAGACUCAGUGGGCCAAGAAAGCCUAUGGGCUGCAGAGCGAGCUGCAGUACAAGGCUGACCUGGCAUGGAUGAAGGGAGUUGGGUGGCUGACCGAAGGGAGUCUCAACUUGCAACAGGCCAAGAAGGCUGGUCAGCUAGUCAGUGAGAAAAACUACCGGCAGAAGGUUGACGAGCUGAAGUUCACAAGUGUGGCUGAUAGCUCCCAGAUGGAGCAUGCCAAGAAGAGCCAGGAGCUGCAGAGUGGGGUGGCCUACAAGGCGGGAAACGAACAGUCUGUCCAUCAGUACAGCAUCAGCAACGAUGAGCCUCUCUUCUUGCAGGCCCGAGCCAACGCUGCUCAUCUCAGUGAGAAACUGUACAAGAGUAGCUGGGAAAACCAGAAAGCAAAAGGGUUUGAGCUGCGUCUUGACUCCUUAACCUUCCUGACAGCCAAAGCGAAGAGGGACCUGGCCAGUGAGGUGAAGUACAAGGAGGAUUAUGAGAGGUCCAGAGGGAAACUCAUUGGAGCAAAGAGUGCACAGGACGAUUCGCAAAUGAACCACUCACUGCAGAUGUCCAAGCUGCAGAGUGAACUGGAGUACAGAAGGGGUUUCGAGGAUGUCAGAUCCCAGUGCCACGUCUCCCUGGACAUGAUCCAUCUCGUGCAUGCCCGCCAGGCUCAGCACUUAGCCACAGACAUAGGCUACAGGACAGCAUCCCAUCACUUCACAGCUUUGCCCACAGACAUGAAGACGGAGUGGGCCAAGAAGGCAUACGGCUUGCAGAGCGAUAACCAAUACAAGGCAGACAUGAAGUGGAUGAAAGGCCUGGGCUGGGUCGCCACCGGGUCAUUAAAUGUGGAGCAGGCAAAGAAGGCAGGAGAGCUCAUUAGCGAGAAGAAGUACCGUCAGCAUCCACAUGCUUUGAAGUUUACCAGUAUUAAAGACACUCCGGAGAUGGUCCAGGCCAGAAUUAGUUAUACCCAAGCAGUGGACAGGCUGUACAAGGAACAAGGAGAAAACAUAAAGCAUCAUUACACACAGACUGCCGACCUGCCUGAGGUUUGGCUGGCCAAGCUGAAUGCCAUGAACAUCAGCGAGACUCGUUAUAAGGAAUCCUGGAGCAAACUUCGAGAUGGUGGAUAUAAGCUGAGGUUGGAUGCCAUUCCGUUCCAGGCAGCAAAGGCUUCUGGGGAAAUCAUAAGUGAUUACAAAUACAAAGAGGCAUUUGAGAGAUUGAAAGGGCAGAUGCUGGGCUCCCGGAGCUUGGAAGAUGAUCUCAGCCUUGCACAUUCAGUGCACGCGACCUCUCUGCAGAGCGAUGUGAAUUACAAGAAAGGCUUUGAACACUCCAAGGCACAUUUCCAUCUGCCGCUGGAUAUGGUAACCCUGGUGCAUGCCAAGAAGGCUCAGGCCCUGGCCAGUGACCAGGAUUACAGGCAUCCACUCCCCCAGUAUACAUCUUUGGCAGAAGACCUGAGUCUGAGCUGUGCCAAGAAAGCUCAUAAGUUGCAGAGUGAGAAUCUGUACCGUUCAGACCUGAGCUUUAUGCGGGGAGUCGCCUGUGUCAUUCCUGGCACAUUAGAGAUUGAAGGGAGAAAGAAGGCCUCGGAGCUCAUCAGCGAGAGGAAAUACCGCCAGCAUCCUGGGUCAUUCAAGUACACAGCCGUGACGGACACUCCCAACCUCUUGCAUGCCAAGUUCAGCAACCAGAUUACCAAUGAGCGCCUCUACAAAGCAGCUGGGGAGGAUGCAAGACACCAGUACACAGUGACCGUGGGUCUGCCUGAGUUUACCCGAGCAAAAACCAACGCAGCCAACCUGAGCGACGCAAAAUACAAGGAGGCCUGGCGUAAUCUUCGCGCUCAAGGCUACAAGCUGACAGCCGAUGCUCUCCCCUUCCAGACUGCGAGAGCCUCUGGAGACAUCGCCAGCGAUUUUCUCUACAGACACGACUUUGUAAAGGAACGAGGGAGGCUCCUUGGGGUCCAGAGUGUACGUGACGACCCCCGGCUUCAGCACUGCCAGAGGAUGGGCCAGCUACAAAGUGACCAUCACUACCGGAGGAAGGCAGCCAGCAGCCAAGCCCAGUACCACCUGCCCAGGGACAUGCUACCCCUGGUUCAUGCCAAGAAGGCCCAGGCCCUGGCCAGUGACCACGACUACCGGACACAGUACCACGAGUUCACAGCACUACCCGAGGACCUGAAGAUGGCCUGGGCCAAGAAAGCCCAUGCUUUGCAAAGCGAGUUUCGCUACAAGUCAGACCUAGUGGGCAUGAAGGGGACCGGAUGGCUGGCACUGAGAUCCCCCCAGAUGGAGAGUGCAAAGAAGGCGGGAGAACUCAUCAGCGAGAGUAAAUACCGUACAAAACCACACAGCAUGAAGUUCACCACUGUGGUUGACUCCCCAGACCUGGUUCAUGCCCAGAAUAGCUAUGUACACUGCAAUGAGCGCCUAUACCGAGCUGGAGAUGCAGAAUCCCUGCACAGAUACACCCUGAUUCCUGACCAUCCCGAAUUCACCAGAGCCCGCCUCAACGCCCUACACCUGAGUGACAAAGUCUACAGAAACUCUUGGGAACAGAACCGGGCUGGUGGCUAUGACUUCAGGCUGGAUGCCAUCCCGUUCCAGACUGCCCGGGUGUCCAGAGAGAUCGCCAGUGAUUUCCGGUACAAAGAGGCCUUCCUGCGCAACCGUGGUCUGCAGAUUGGGUACCGCAGCAUCCAUGAUGACCCAAGGAUGAGACAUUUCCUCAACGUCGGCAGGCUCCAGAGUGAUAAUGCCUACAAGAAGGACUUCGCCAUGAGUCGAUCCCAAUUCCACAGCCACCCAGACCAGCCUGGCUUCCUCCAGGCUAAGAGAAGCCAGCAACUAGCCAGCGAUGUGCAUUAUAGGCAGCCCCUGCCACAGCCCACUUGUGACCCGGAGCAGUUGAGCCUGAAGCAUGCACAGAAGGCCCACCAGCUUCAGAGUGAUGUCAAGUACAAAUCCGAUCUGAACCUGACCCGAGGUGUUGGCUGGACCCCUCCUGGCUCCUACAAAGUGGAAAUGGCUCGGCGGGCUGCAGAACUGGCCAACGCAAGGGCGCUGGGUCUCCGGGGAGCUUGUGGGGGGCUGGAAGCGGUGGAGGAUGAAGAUCAUCUACAUGGGCAGGUGAACCCAGACGCCACUGAGAUUCUGCAUGUCAAAAGGAAGAAGGCUCUGCUGAUGUGAGGGAACUGGGGGAGAAACCAGAGUGGAAAUUUGCUAGCCAGAGAUGUGAUUUAGAUGGCUUUGGCUGGGGCAAGCUGUCACAGCAGCAUACCAGCCCAUCUCCAGACCUGCCUUUAUUAAAUGACAACUCUGAGAGCAAA